AUGGCACUAACGUACAGGGAAAGACUGGAGUUUCUUGAAGAACUGAAGAGAGGCGCGAUUGACUUGACUGCGGUUGAUCGAAUGGUGGGAUAUGCAGAGGACAGACUUUUGACAAAACCUGUGCUUUUGAGUCUUGUUAAGGAGCUGACGCGACUGGAUGCAUACAUCAGUGUGAUGCACGGGAUUCUGGAACAAGAUGAAUGGGACGAGGUUUUGUCUGAGUAUGAUACGCCGAUUGAGGGGGAGCAUGCAAAGCUGAGAGAGGCGGUUAGAGUUUUUUUGUUUGCCUAUGAGCGUCUCGAAAGGGUGGUCUACGAGUUUGAGACUGAAGAGAUACUGGAUGCGUUUAGGAAGCCGCUUGCAUCGAAGACAUUGAAUGUGCAGUUUCUUUUGUUUAGAGUAUGUAGUGUUAAGCCUUUGAGUGUUUUUAAAUUUUUGUUUGAGUUGGUGGAUGAAAACCCAACUGUAUUUAUUCCGUAUUUAUCGUCGCUUGCAGUAAGAUGUAAGUUUGAUGAGGAGAUUAAGAAGUGCAUUGUUGAUGAGUAUGUGAAUUAUGUAAGGGGACUGAAGAGGAAUGCAAGCAUUCAUGUGGUAGUGGCAUGUCAGUGUCUCUUAUACAUGUCAUGCUUUAUGAAGAGGAUUGUGUGUGAAGCAAGAGAUGAGAUUACCUGGAUGUUUUCUUCAGGGUUGGUUGGAUGCAUGAACAAGAAUGUGGUGAAGAUGUUCUGUGAGAUUUAUGGGUAUGAGUGCAAGGUUUUCCGCAGUUAUGACUAUGACUGUUUGUAUUUUUUCCCGUUUGAUAUGCCUGUGCUGAACGAGGUGUAUGAGAGUGUUGACGAGCUUUACAUCCACUUUGAAAGAUGA